AUGACGGCCUUCAGCAUUGUUAUUCAACCUCCUGCUCGAGCCCAGCUCUCGACGACCCUGUAUCCACCCCUUGUUGCGGAGCUAAACUUCAGAGGGGCCGUAACUAGUCAAUAUUUCUUCGCCAUGGCCUUUUUAGUUACGAGAGAAGGGAAUAUUGUUGAGGGAGGCUUGUCGGGGACCACUUCGGUGAACGGCGUCGAUGUCACUACAGCUGGAGCCUCGAGAACAACAAUCCAUUUCCCGUACACAGAUCUUGCUAUUCUAGCUGAAGGCGUUUACAAGAUCAGAGUCGACGUUUACAAGGUUGCCUUCGACAACCCAGACGGUUGUGAUUUUCAAGCGCACGCCAAGAGCAGCCGUGUCACCGUCGUCAACGAAGCGGUGCCGGCUCUCACUUAUUCUUGUCAAGGAUCCGCUGAGCGCAGCAUUAUCCGGGGUCUCCAGGCUGCUGGGGUCUAUAUCCAUUAA